AUGGUGAUUAUGAAGAUACAGGACUACGAUAACAAGAUGCUCGAUCUUCUCAACGAUCCUACAUACAAAAUACUGCGCAAGGACCCCACAUCCACUAUUCAGAAGCUAACGAACAACAUGGCUAAACGACUAGCCGAUCUCAAACUGAUUGAUCGACACACCCUUCACAAGCUACAAACACACACAUCUACAUGCCCCCGGAUAUAUGGACAACCAAAAGCCCACAAACCAAAUCUCCCCCUACGUCCCGUUGUACCGAACAUCACGGCUCCGACAUACCAACUAUCGAAAUUCAUCGCCAACAUACUCCAAACCACCUUUACGAGUCAACACAAUAUCAAGGACAGCUUUAACUUCGUAGAGGAAAUCACCACAAUCACUAUCCCGCCCGAGCAUGUCCUAGUAUCCUUCGAUGUAGUGUCUCUAUUCACUAACAUACCGAAGGAGCUUGUGAUACGCAACAUAAUCUUCCGAUGGACAGACAUCAAAAAGGGAACUGAUAUAAAUCUAGAUGUGUUCUUGGAAAUGGUUGAACUAUGUCUAAAUAACAGCUACUUCAUGUUUAGAGACAAGUACUAUCAACAGACUUUUGGGACUGUCAUGAGGAUAGCCGACUACGUUAUGGAGGACUUGCUAGAUACGGUGAUCACAAAACUGAACUUCACAAUUCCGGUGUUGAAGAAAUACGUAGACGAUUUAUUCCUCGUUCUACCAAAACCACUAGUAGAACAUACUUUGAAUAUCUUCAACCAAUUCAACCAACACCUACAGUUCACGAUGGAAAUCGAAAAAAGCGGAAAACUUCCGUUCCUCGACACACUAAUCAUCCGCAAAGAAGAUCACACCCUCCGAACUGUUUGGUAUUCGAAACCAAUAUCAUCUGGACGCUUGCUCAACUACAACUCCUUCCAUCCGACCAACAUGAAAUUGAAUGUUGCUUCCAAUUUCAUCAAACGAGUAAUGCAACUAACAACCGAUACACCUAUAGAACAACAGAAGCAUGUGAUUUUCCAAAACCUACGACGCAACGACUACCCAUCCGCACUAAUCAACAGACUGAUGAACAGAAUCAAAACAGAACUCAUCACAGGACAACAACAUCAUGGUCACCACCCACUGCCAACAUCAUCACCACCACUGCCAGCGCCAACACCAACUGAACCUCAAGACCAACCGCCACCACUAUCAAUACCCAACAUCCAAAUUCUAACACCAUCGAUUAUAGCCAUCCUUAGAAGAGAUUUUCCACUCAUAAAAAUAGCAACGAGAACAACACAGAACAUCAAAACACUCUUAAAGUCGGUAAAAGACCCGGUUUCGCCGUUAGACCAGCAUAACGUAAUAUACAGCAUACCAUGCAUAGACUGCGAUAAUGUGUAUAUAGGCAUGACCACGAAUCAAUUAAAAAAGAGGCUGAGUGGGCAUAGGUCAAAUGUAAACAAACUAAUAGAGACACAAACGAACACACUCAAUCUUGAUGUAAUACAAGCAAACACAGCCCUUGUACAACACAUGAUAGACACAGAACACACGUUUGAUCUAGAAGGCACCAAAACAGUUGUUCGCACAUUACGACCAACUGCCUUGCCAGUGUUAGAGAUGUGCCACAUCCAAAACACGCCACAUACGGUAAAUUAUCGUACAGACGUUGACAACCUCAACACCACAUACGCUGGUAUUCUACACACAGUGAAGACAACACUUAUGUGUAGAAAACAAUCCCGCCAUACUACCCGUAAUACUAUCACUGAUACCAUCGGCCAAACCUAA